GCUUCGGCUCCGUUUGUUCGGGGAACGGAAGACCUGAGGGCUUGUAAGAGCGUAGAGGGAACUUGGAUCAAGUGGAGACAUCGACAAAGGGUUUUCAUCCACCAUGGUUUUCACACCAAAAGCUGCUGAAGCAUCAACACCAGGGGCUGCUUCGCCCCUCAUGCCGGAACGAUGUGUUGACCACAAGAACAAAAAUAUCAGAAAAGAAAAGUGGAGGGAGCUGAGGCAGAAGAAGAACAAGGAGAAGCGCGAAGCGCGGAAGAAGCGCCAGAAGGUGCGCGAGGAGCUGGGCGAGGACGCGCCGCCGGUGCUGCAGCCGCACACCAUCGAGACUCUGCGCAUCCCGGACGUGACGACCGUGCAGCAGGACGACUUGGAGACGCAGGAGGCCGACCGGCUCGACGAGUUCGGCGGCUACUUCAGCCGCGAGGCCGAACCGCGCGUCAUGCUCACCGCCGGCGACUUCCCGUCCCCGAAGACGCGCGACUUCCUGAAGGAGCUGGCGCUGGUGAUCCCGAACGCCGAAGUGCGACUGCGCAACUUCAGCUCCAUCAAGAAAACGGCACGGUUGGCCUCCGCGCGCGGCUUCACCGACCUGCUCAUCAUCAACGAGGACAAGAGCCGCAAGGUGGUGGCCAACGGGCUGCUGCACGUGCACCUGCCCGACGGACCGUCCGCCCACUACCGGCUGAGCAACGUCAAACUGAGCGCCGAGCUCCGGCGCAUCAAGGAGUUCACCCACCACCGUCCGGAGGUGGUGCUGAACAACUUCACGACCAUGCUGGGUCACAGGGUGGGCCGCAUGCUGGCCUCGCUGUUCCACUUCGACCCGGAGUUCAAGGGCCGGCGCGUGAUGACGCUGCAUAAUCAGCGAGACUACAUCUUCUUCCGACAUCACAGGUACGAGUUCAAGGACAGCAAAAAGGUGGCGCUGAGGGAGCUGGGGCCGCGCUUCACGCUCAAGCUGCGGUCUCUGCAGAAGGGCACGUUUGACUCCAAGUGCGGCGAGUACGAGUGGAUCCGCAAACGGCACGAAAUGGAGGACAGCCGCAGGAAGUUCCACCUGUAGGUGGAGGUGUUGUACGUCCCGCUGAUGACGCCUGACGGGCGCCGGAACGGGGCCGCGUGGACACGGCGGCAACGUGUGUCGGGGAAGCUGUCCAGUUGAGCAUCGCAAGUUUUGUGAUAGCUGGUGGUGCAGGGCGCGUUGGCAAUGUGUGGGCCUUCAAGAGGUCUUCAAGCCGCGGGCGUUUUCUCGCAGUUAGGAUCCGAAACACGCUGAUUGCUAUUCAUAGAAUAAAGAUGUAUGGAACGUCCCA